GGUGACUCCAAGAAGAUCUAAGUAGCAUUACCACAACAUCUUAAAAAUUAUUUUGUUCCUUUCAUCAUUUUCUUCAUACCAUACAAUAUAAUUAGUUCAUAGAGAUGGUGUCUUCAAACAUAGACCAAGAGAAAUCAUGUGUAUUAUUUAGAGUAUGGAAAAAGAUAAAGGAAUCACCAAAGAUUUUUAUGAAGAAGGUUUUAUGCAUUUGUAGGAUGUCAAAAGAGAUAGCACAAGAUGAUCCAAGAAAAGUGAUUCAUUCACUAAAAGUUGGACUUGCAAUCUCUUUGGUGUCUCUAUUUUACUAUUAUCAACCACUUUAUGAGAAUUUUGGUCUUUCAGCAAUGUGGGCUGUGAUGACUGUUGUGGUAGUUUUUGAGUACACUGUGGGAGCCACUUUAGGAAAAGGUUUGAAUAGAACAAUGGCAACAUUUUUAGCUGGUGCUCUAGGUGUUGGGGCUCAUUACUUAGCUAGCCUAUCUGGUGAAACAGGGGAACCAAUUUUAAUUGGUUUCUUUGUAUUUGUGCAAGCUGCAAUAGCAUCAUUUAUAAGGUUCUUCCCAACAGUGAAAACAAGAUAUGAUUAUGGGAUGCUUAUAUUUAUUUUGACAUUCUCUUUAAUAUCUGUAUCUGGAUUUCGUGAUGAUGAAGUAUUAAAAAUGGCUCAUAAGAGAUUAUCCACCAUUUUUAUUGGAGGUUCUGCUUGUGUGAUGAUUUCUAUUUUUGUUUGUCCUGUUUGGGCUGGUGAAGAGUUGCACUAUUCAAUUGCUCAUAAGUUGGAAACACUUGGUGACUUCUUAGAAGCAUUUGUAGGUGAGUAUUUCAAAACAUCAAAGGAAGAAGAAUCUAAAGAUAAUAACAAGUCUUUUCUUGAAGGUUAUAAAAGCAUUCUCAAUUCUAAAAGUAGUGAAGAGUCUCUGGCCAAUUUUGCAAGAUGGGAACCAGGUCAUGGCAAGUUCAAAUUUCGUCACCCAUGGAACCAAUAUCUUAAAAUUGGUACACUUUCUCGACAAUGUGCAUAUCGAAUGGAAGCUCUAAAGGAACAGCUCAAUUCUGACACCAAAGUAUCACCAGAAAUUCGUUGUACAAUCCAAGAACUGUGUUCUGAAAUGAGUUUGGAAUCAAGCAUGGCUCUAAAAAAAUUAGGUUCAUCAAUGAGAACAAUGACAAGAACAUCUUCAAUAGAAACUCACAUUGCAAAUUCAAAAGCUGCAGUGAAAAGCCUUAACUCAUUACUUCAAUCAAGUUUAUGGAAAGAAACAGAUUUUUUAUCAAUAAUACCAGCUGUGACAGUGGCUUCAUUACUAAUUGAUAUUGUUGAUUGCACACAAGAAAUAGCUGAUUCUGUUCAUGUUCUUGCCUCACUCAUAAAUUUUGAUACUUUUAAUGAAACAGAGAAUAAAUCACUCAAAGAAGAAGCAUUACAAUCUCCAACUUGUGAAUGUCUUGAACCAACAAGUCCCAAAAUUGAGAACAAUCAUAUUGUUAUUCAAGUUGAAGAUUCGGAUUUAGCUUUGUCGGAUCGCGGAAAUUUAAUGUCUGAUAAAUGUAACAAAAUUUGAUUGUUGAUAUACAUGUAUCUGACACAUGACUUCAACUGUUAUAUUAGAACUAAUCAAGAAACGUAAUUUAAUAUUUUAGGACCAUUAAAUUUAGAGAUAAAUUUUUUCUCUCUAAAUCUAAUGAUCCUUAUAACCGUUACACUAUAUAGUAGUUGUUGAGGGUCUAAACACAUAUCGGCAUAUCCUUAUAAACAACAUUUUCAUUUCCUUCAAA